AAGGCCUAAACACCCCUUGGGUACUGUGGGGCUAUAGGGGGGCCACACGGACUCUGGCGAGGGAACACGUGUGCAUGCAACAUGCACACAUUCUGGCUCCGCCUACGAGAUCCCCCGGGUGGUACCUCCGCGUUCGACAGUCAGAGACCGUCUACCACCUACGGACAAUCACAACAUCCAUAGCCAAGAGAAAAAUUUCUCCUGGGACGCGAUUCGAACCCGCACAGCGCACGGCGACUGAAAAUAAAAACUGAAUAAAAAUACUCACUAUGUCCACCCAGACGGCUUUUGCACGGUAUAAACGCAGCUCUGAUGGAAAUAUCGCAUGUAUCAAUAGGAUCUAGAAAACUCUCUCAGUAAAUUAAAAUCCUACGAGUAUCGAUAGCUACGUGAUUGCUGU